GACGCCACGAUGCGGCCACACUGCUGGGUGAUGGUGGCGCUGGCGGGGAUCGUGUCGUACUUCAGCCCGGAGAGAGCGCUCGGAGCCCCGCAGAGGGAAGUGUCUCAGUCCAGGGUGGCGUCCCUCUCUCCUCCACCCUACGUCGUCAUUCUCAUCUCUUGUUCGGGGCUUGUCUCCUUUGUUCUGCUGCUCCUCACCUGCCUGUGCUGUAAGAGAGGAGGAGUGGGAUUCAAUGUAAGUCUUCAACAUGAGUUUGACAAUGCAGAUGGGGAGGAUUGUUCUGGAGGCUCCAGUCCCAUCCAGGAGGACAGUCUUUCCUCAUGUCCCUCCCUCCCAGAGGUCUAUACACUGCCCGUCAGAGAGCGCCCCAACUGCCCCCCCUGCAGGACGGAGCAGAUUCCAAGUCCCACUGUUUCAAAAGGCACGCUCUAAACUACCUUCAAGAGAUAGGAAAUGGGUGGUUUGGAAAGGUGAUCCUGGCUGAGGUGUUGUGUGACUGUAGCUCCGCUCAGGCCGUGGUGAAGGAGCUGCGUGUCAGUGCCAGCCCUCUGGAGCAGAGAAAGUUUUUGGCAGAGUCGGAACCAUACAGGAGCCUUAAACAUCCCAACAUCCUUCAGUGUCUGGGACAGUGCAGCGAGAGCCUCCCUUUCCUCCUGGUUAUGGAGUUCUGUCAGCUGGGCGACCUCAAGAGAUACCUGCGCGCCCAAAGAAAGGCAGAUGGGAUGACACCUGACCUGCCAACCAGCGAUCUACUGACGCUACAGCGAAUGGCUUUUGAGAUCACAUCAGGCCUGUUGCAUCUUCACGAAAACAACUACAUCCACAGUGAUUUAGCAUUACGAAAUUGUCUGCUGACCUCCGACCUCACUGUUAGGAUAGGAGACUAUGGCCUUUCACACAACCAUUAUAAGGAGGACUAUUAUCUCACGCCAGACAAGCUAUGGAUCCCACUACGUUGGAUCGCUCCUGAGCUCCUGGAGGAGUACAAAGGAUCUCUUAUUGUUACUGAUCAAACCAAGACUAGCAAUGUGUGGUCCUUGGGUGUGGUUAUCUGGGAGCUGUUUGAGUUUGGCUCUCAUCCCCACAGACACCUGAGUGAUGAAGAGGUGCUCACUUUCGUCAUUAGAGAGAGACGGAUCACACUGGCUCAGCCGAGACUCAAACUCUCCCAUGCAGACUAUUGGUAUGAGAUCAUGCAGUCCUGCUGGCUCCCUUCCUCUCAACGUCCUUCUGUCGCUGACGUCUUCCUUCUCCUCUCCUCCCUCUUGGCUGCUGAGCAGGCAAUGGCAAGGGGGAGUGUUGGCGAAGAGGAUGAAGAGGAUGAAGUGUACAAAGAAGGUAGAGGAAGGAGAGGGGAGAGCGAGGAGUCAUUUGAAAGACGUUGGGACUUACUCCGUCCACCUGCCUUCCAGGCGGCAGCAAAUGAGCGGCACAGAGAGAUCGAGCGUGGAAGAGAGGACAGAGACAACUCUUAUCCCCUACUGGACUCUGUGGGAAACUGUAUCACUCCGUCCUCUUCUGAGCUGGAUGACAUUUUGACAGUUACUGAAACUAGCAAAGGCUUGAACUUUGAGUAUUUUUGGGAGAAGGCCCAUGCACGACGAGGCUACAAACCUCUUCCUCCUCCCCAGCAAAUCCCAACAGUGAACAAUAACCACAGACAGUCCUUGGAUACUCCCACUGUGGUGCCGGUGAUAAGUGCACGCAGCCCCUCUCUUGCCAGUGAGUAUUACAUCAGGUUAGAGGAGCACACUCCCCAGGAUAAGUCGCCAACUCUUAAAGGGAAGGCACAGACAUCUUUUUGUUCAGAUUCAGUUUGUCCUGGCGAUAUGGAGUUGGUGGAGAUUCGCAGUGGAAUGUUGGGAAAAGAACGUGUCCCUUAUUGCUCUGAAGGGUGUGGAGGUACAGGUGGGAAGGGCAUUCGGACCGUCCGAUCAAGUGAGGUUCGGCUCCAGGUGCCCAACAUUGGUGUGGCAGAAUUCAGAGAUACAUCGAGCAGAAUGACUGUUUUCUCAGUGGUUGAUUUAGGUGAUGAUGAUGAAGAGGAGAAGAAGAGAAGUAGUGAAGCAGAUACAAAAUCCUGCACAAAUUCCGAAGCCCCAGUCCUCCCUCCGAAACCUUGUUCUAUGUCCAUGUCAUCAACCAACCACCUUCACUCCCGCCCUCUCCCCGCCCCUCCAUUAGGAUAUCACAGAGGACUGCCUCACUACACCGUGUCGGGAAAAGUUGAGACAGACCCCCAUCAUAUGAGCAGCUGCCCACCCUCAACCUUUAAUCAUCUGGGACUCCAUCGAUCCCGACAGACUCUUCCCCCAUCCCCAUCACUCUCCCCCUCCUUGCCCCCAGCAAGCCAUCCCAUUUACCCUCUACCGCAAAUGUGCCCUCCCCACUCCAAACCUCAGAAAACCUGCGCCACCUAUAAAACAAAUGACACCUACUCAAAACACAGUAAGAUGCAGCAAUCCAAUAGAGACUCGUUAUCCUGUGACACAGCAAGUGGGACCAACCAAGGGGCUACAAUGCAAACCUCCAAAGAAAUGUCUCAUUCACGUAGAAAAGACUUUGAAUCACCUGUGCGUCGAGAAAACCCCUUGCGACCGAUCUACCGCAAUGUACCCUACUCCCAGCCCGACACAGAGAUUGAAAGGCAAUCAUCGUCCAGUCCCACGUAUUCCGAUGAGGAUGACUAUCCCUUCAUGUCUCCUGAGAGGCAUAGUUGUGGAACUAAUGUCGCUCAUUCUAGCUUGUCUGAAGAUGCAGAUCCAGCUGCGGCAGAGCUAUUUUCCAGGGGAAUGAGAAGGACGCAGUCCCGUCUCGACACCAUCCUGCCUGCCAUUUGGAAAGAAGAUGCUGAACUUCAGGCAGAGCGAGUGGCUAAUGCCAUGAAAUCCCCCAUGCAUCUAUUUUUAACAGAGAUAUCAAGUGUGGCCGAAUCUAAUGAGUCCAAGUCGGGAACCUUGUGGGAGCCAAGUGAGGAGAAAAGAGAUGGAGAAAAAUGGGGGAACUUUAUCCAGCCAAACAGAGGGAUGCGCCGCUCCCAGUCACUCAUCACUGAGCUCGGAUCAAUAGCGCCGUCAGAGGAGGCAAAUGAAAACAAUGAUGAAUCUUUCCAGAGGGAUCUUUUUCUUACCGAAAUUGACACAGGCAGGGUAGAUGCAGAUUUGGAUGGUGGAUCUGUAAGUGACUCUGUAAAAUACCUGUACCCUGCCGGAUCCAGACAGCGGCCCUACGUCAGCGCCCCGUCAUAUAAUGAGCCUGACGAAGUCUAUUCAAAGGGCAUACGAAGGUCCCAGUCCCUCCUCUCUGAGGUCACUGUGGAUAAGCAGGAGUCUGAACCACAGCAGAGUCUGAAAGAGCCAAGGAAAGCGGAGAUGACCAGGGAGGAGUUCAUGAAGGAAAUCCAGUCAGCAGAGACCUUUCUGACUGAAAUCAUAUCAAGACAAAAUGCUGCUGCAACCAGAAAGGAAGGAGAACCUUCUCAUUCUCCCACUCCGCUGACCCCUGAAUAUGAAUCAAUAUGCAUAGACCCAACUUCAGCUCAGACCAUCAGAUUUCAGAAAAUGAGUUCCAUACAAGCAUCCAACAAAGGCAAAGAUGACACACAGACAGAGGCUAUAUAUGCUCAAGUGACUAAACGUGCAAAAAAGAGUGAAAUAAAGGUCUUAAUGAAACCUGAGAUUCCAGUCUUUCAUAUAGGAUCAAAUAAACAUCCUCUUAAUUUGGUCAGCCAAGGAAAUGUUGCUGACAACUCAGCUUCCCACUGCCAAUCUGGUGAGAUUGUGUUUUCAGAAAUCAUGCCCAAAAAUGGCAUAUUACACAGCCAAACACUGGCAUGCCAGAAAGAAGAAGAAGGCUGGUCAGAUGGACCUGCUUUACCUGCCAGAGGAGAGCAAGCAGAUGGAUAUCUUUCAGUACAUUCUUCACUGAUGGAGUCCCCUGAAGGUGGUGAAGAAUCCAACACUGUGGUAAUGCAUGAAAACAAAUGUGAUGGAGCUGUUAUAAGGAAUGGUGAGAUAGUUAAAGAUGAUGCUGAAGCUGGCAGCCCUGAGAGAGAUGAUCAAACAUUUGGAAAGACUGACAGGACAUCAUGUGAUCUUGAGAAAGAGCACUGCUUUGCAGAUAAAGCUCCUGCAUUGCACUCAGAAAGCAUCACAACAGGUGAACCAGAGAGCGCCAAAACUGUGGUUUCGUGUCAUGAUGAAACAUUUUUAGAGACAAAAAGUGAAAUUUUACUGCAGCACAUUAACAUCAGCCAAGAAAAAUACAAUCAUAAUGCCAAGAAUGCAGCAAUUCCUGCUGCAACCCCAACCACUCCAGACUGGGACCCAUCCUCUGAGAUCUCACUAAUCACCCCCACUGACUCCGUCCUGUCACCGAUGACUUCCAGCUCAGCUGACUGCCUCACACCCAGUGAUUCAUUCACAGGGGGAGGAGUAGGAGGCGGGCCUUGGCGUGCUCUUGGAAAUGAAACUCCACAUCGAGAUUCUGCCUAUUUUUCAGACAGUGACUUGGAGGGGGAAGGGAUGAACAGGAGGACCAUUGAUGGAUUAAGUGUAUCCAGACCAAACAGCGGUCGAGGAGGUGAUAGGGGAACGCUGACAGGCAUAGAGGAAAAAACUGAAAGUGAAGAGGAUGGAGAACCUGGAGACAAGCUCCUGAUAAGAAACAGUAUACAGGUGCCUGAAGACAGAAAAGUUAUUGAGAUGUGCAAGGAAAAGAUUAUUCCAUAUCAGGAUCCUUCUGAGAAUGAUAGCUCUCAUUUAGAGGAUGGUAAAGAUAUUCUAAUCAAAGGACUAAAAUCUGCACAAAGAAACGAUUCUGGUAUUUUCUGCAAUGAGAGCAAGGAAAAGGACAAAAAUGGGUUAGUCAAGUCAACACUAUUGUCUGAUGAUCCUCAGGCCAAGGACUGUGCUCAAUUAAUUGAUAAGUUGUUCUCAAACUUAGAUGGUGAGCCAGUGAAAGGGCUUCCACAUGGUGGAGGGUGUCCCAUAGACAACCACUACACAGAUGGCAUCAUCUCUCAUAUAGCUGACUGCAAAUUCCAGGAUUUAAAUUCCAAGAAUCAUGCUGAGACAGAUAUUUUGAUUGAAUCUGUAGCUGAAUUACAGUCAAAGGAUUGCACGUUGAGACCCAGCAGCAACGACUAUACAACUGUUAGCGAGACCAGUAAGGAUAUUGUUGCCCUAAAUGCUCUUCGCUGUGGAAAUGAUGCCGGGGAAUCCACAACACCAUUCCAAGUUGAUGACAGAGAGUCCAAAUUAGCUAAGGUUUACAUCAUUCACAGCAGUGAUGUCACAUUUUGUGACAAUACUGUGUCAGAAACCAAGCCAAGAGAUGAGAAGUUGGGAGAUGACAAAGCAAGCAAUCUGACGUGUCCCAUUUGGGCAGGAGAGGGUGUUGAAAAGCCUGAAGAGAGCUCAGGACUGGACCUCCUACACGCAGACCAAAAUGAAUUGGGUUUGAGAAACUUAAGCGGUGAAGACAAGAAAUCUGAGGUGACAUCAGAAAGAGAAAAGCAACUAGCUGCUGCAGAGCUGAGUAAUGCCAUGAAGCAAAAGUCACCUGUGAGAGAAGCUCCAGCAGAAGGCCAGAGAGGGAUGGAUUACAGUUUGGAUGAGAACUCACCCGAGGGGCUGGAUGUAUCAACGAAAGAAUUACUGAGUGUUUUGGAACAAGAAGAAACUAGGGGAGGAUGUGUUGUGGUUCAGGGAGAGUUUGACUGCCACCGUUUUGUACAAAAGGAUUUGUGGCUUAAUGAAAAUGACCAAUGGGCUUCUCCAGAAAAGAGAUGUCAAAAUGUUGAACUUGGAUCAGAAUUGUUGUCUGGGUUCAACAAUAAGACACGGGAGGUUGAGGAACGAUUUGUUGUAGGUCAAGAGUUCUGUGAGAUGGGUGAAAACGAUGAGCUUGCAGGAAGGGAACCUCAUCCUGCAGUCUUAGAAGGUUGUGAAGAAUCCUGGAAUGAUGAGACCCAGGGACAGGCUCUGAAGGAGAAGUGGGAUUCAAAGGACACUGAUAACCAACAGACAGCUAAUAUACAGCAGGAAGAAAACAUUGAGGACCUCGGACAAAUUGGCAGUUUUAAUGGAGAUCUUAAAAUAGAAUUAGAUAUUGAGGUAGAGAAUAUAGAAAUUCCAGAGCAAGAGAUGUUGUGCCAAUCAGAAAACCAUAUUUCAUCACUUCCAGAGGCAACCAUGCACACAGACGGUUGGCUAGAUCCAACAGAUGUGGGAGAAAAUCAAAAUUUUAACAGGUGGCCUCAAAAUGACCUCUGCAAGGUCCAAAAAGAGGAGCAGUCCUCGGAGGAAGAUGUUGGCAAAGGAACAGGCUCACGUUUAGAAAACUGCUUCAGUCACACUUUGGAUAGCGAAAGCCCACACAUAUCUGUUUGCAUUACUCAAACUCCUCAAGUGAAUUUUAAGGGCUUGGAAGGUAUCGAAUCAGGCAUUGAUUCAGAGUCUGAAAUGAGCCAGUGGCUUGUGAGGGAUUAUGUAGAUCAAACUGUAAGCAUUGUGAACAUGCAGGAUGAUUGCAGAGAGAUAUCUCUUCCUUCUGACCCUACAUCUUCUUCCAGUGACCCUGGAGUCAGGCUGCAGGAAGAAAUGGAUCAGUCAUACCCACAGGUAGACAAUUUCAGCUCUGUCGAUUUUCCUAGUCCUCCACCAAGCAUAGACCUUGAUGUUCAAGACGAUAAAUUAGAAAGUUUAGAUGACUCCUUUCCAAGCCCACCGCCAUCUGUUAUAGAGGCAGAGGAGUUUAUUAGUCACAUUAAUCUAGAAGAUUUUAUUGCUAGUGCUGAGACGCAGCCGUAUAUUUCACCAUGCUAUAACACAGAGCAACAAAUGUCCUCAACUCACAACUCAAGUGUCCCAGAGACACACCUGCAAGAGGCACCACCUGCUACAACUCAGAACAAAGGGAUUACUGCCAAUCUGAAGCCAUCGACCGUGCGUAUAAUGCCCGACAACGGGCACAACAUUACAACCAACAUCAGGAAUCAGGAUGAAGAGAGCAGCCUGUUCCAGAAAACACCAUCUGCCAAUUCAUCUCCACCCCAGUAUCCUCUCAAUGCUCUCCCAGAAUUAUUGAUUUCUGAGUGGAAAGAUUUGGAAGAGGAGCCGCUGGAGGAUUUUGAAAAACUGGAAAAACUUUGUUGCAUAUCAGCUGACGAGGAGGACACGCUGGGGGAGCUUUUCUUAGGGAACCUAGAGCUCCUGGAGUCUUUGAAGAAGAAACCUGAGCAGAAUGGGAGCGGUGCUGGUGAUUUACAUGAGGAGGCAUGCGGCUCCUCCGCGCCAGAGGAGAGCGGCGUGGAUGUGAGGGAUGACAAUAACUCUGAUAAAGUAUCGGAAUCCCAAGCUGAAGUGUCACCUCAAGAGGAGCGGCGUGAUGUGCAAAGCUCACAGUCGUUGUCGUGCCACACGUCUGACGUCAAGGACCAGGGGUCGCUUUCUAAGAUGCCAACUAAGGACGGCUUAAUGAUGCAGGUUUGUGAGGAGAGGUUGCAGUUCUCACUCAGUGAAAACGUACAAACAAACUUGCUGUGGGGGUCAACGGUGAAAGACACUUCGAAGCUCCAGCCCUGGGGCGAACAAAUCACAGAGAGCAGCAAGGAGCCGGCGGCAGUUAAUGAACAAAAACAGGAUGAAAGCCCAGACGAGGAGGAAAGUAUCACUGACACCGAGCUGCACCACCACGCCAAUGAAAUUAAAACUGAGCCAAUCACUGUGAUCGAGCAGCCUGAAUUUAUGACAUCGCAACCUACUGCAAAUCAGGCAAUGAAAGCAAAACUAGCUCGCCUCUCUCUUGACCUGCCUCCUCUCGCUCUGACUCUUCCCCUCAACCCCAGCGGUAAAGGAGGAUUUGGGGACGGGGUCAUUGGAAGUCGGCUAGGCAGGCGGAGAGGUCUGUCAUCGGGAAGUGACCCUGAUGAUGAGGAGGAGGAUGACCAAGAGGACGAAAACUCCCGAAGGGUGAUUGUUGUCACAGAAACAGACAUUGACAAACGUGUGGGCCUGAGGAGUCUCCUUAAAUCACCCAAGGAACCAAUGGACAGAGGAAAGGACAGAGGGAGAAAUGUCUCCUUUUUUGAUGAUGUCACCAUCUAUCUUUUUGAUCAGGAAACUCCAACUAAUGAGUUAAGCACUUCAGCACCCACCAGUCCAGCCUCAGUCUCUGUGAAAAACGCUAAGUUGGAUUUGCAUGGAGCAAACGCCAAAAGUAAGGAGUCGAAGCGGAAAGAGGAUUUACCAGUCAAACCAAGGACGCCUGUAGGGGUCAGUCCAGUGACAUCAUCACGUUUUACCGUUAGUCCCGCUGACGACCCCCACUUGGUGUGAUGAUACACGUCAUCAUUAGAACCUUUAGAGCUGAAACGCUCUGAGACUGGCCACCGAAUUAACGCCAAUAACCCCAGCCACUCACUCAGAGGCUAUUUUUUUAUUCCACAGGCAACCGAAAGAUGCCCAUUCGAAAAGCUGGACACACUUCCAGGUUUUACCAGCGGCAGGAUUUUGUAUGACAGGGGUUGUUGAGCUCCUGCUUGCCACUGUUUACAGAAUGUAUUCACAGCGUUUGGCUGCAAAUGUCUUUGCAAAACAGCAGCAUAUGCGAGGGGAAGAGGAGCUUGGAGCUUUGUAAAAUCUGAAACAGAUUUGACAGCUAUGCAGUGGGAGUUUUGCUGUGUACCAGCUCUUUUUGUGUAUUUCUCCUGUAUUAUUCCCCAGGUGUGCAGCACUUUCUUUACUCAUUCUUCUGUCUGUAAACGCUUGGAUUCUAGUCCUCUCUUAAAACUUUUCACUGCAGUCAAUCACUUGUUCUUGUAGGCGGCAGUGUGGAAGAGAAAUUGCUUGACUCCUGUAUUUGAUAAAAUAAAUAAAUAAAUAAAAUCAUUGACAUUUGUACAGACAUAAUAAUACAAGUGUACACAAUGUUAUUUUAGAGCCAUUUACUUUUAGAUGUAUUCUUAGAAUGCACGAACAAUUAAGCUGUUUCUUUACACUUUUAGUUCUGGAAUACUGUCUUAUAUUUGAAUAAUUGACAUUUAUUUAUUUAUUUAUCUGUCUGUUUAUUUGUUUGUUGUUUUUGUGUAAUUUACAUAUAUUAACAAAGAACAACUGCAAUUUGUUUGGGGUAAAAUGUAUCUAGGUCAUACCUUUGACGGCUCCUCUUAACAAAUAAAUUAAAUAUUUUCCCACACAUCUUAAUUGCUACAAAAAAGUGUAUUUUGUAUAAUUUUACUUGUUAAUAUUAUGCCAUUAUGUAUGGAACUACGUCCUGUAAUGUUUCAUUAUUUUCUCAUUAUGGCUUUUAGCUAUCUUGUCAUUCUUUUAUCUUGUUUGAUGACAGUUAAUGUAGCUUAGCAUGGAACAAAUUAAGCUUCACGUCAGUAAAUAUCUCCCAUUUGUUUGUGUAUCUGUUCAUUUAUCUAAUUUUCUACUAAUAACAGUUCAUCAUGCAAUCGAGGUCCAUAUGUUUAGUCUGUUUAAACGUUUGUUUCAAACCUGUAUUGUUUAAAGUACGGUUUUCAAGGGGUAACCAUGUAUAACAGGGAAUAAUAAAAACAAGAAAAUGUGAA